AGGCGCACAACUAGCAAGAUUUUUCGGAAGUGCCGCGACACGACGGAACUCUCAUCUAAGAGAGCUAGAAAAUGCCUUACAAAGCUGAAAUACAACCCCUUUGGAAUCUUCAAGUGAAGGAAAGCUUCAACACACUCCUGGUAGGGCGUACAUUUAGGCACAGCAACACUAGUCUACUACUUGGAUCUGAAGAUGGUGUCGUCAGAAUGUACCACAUGAAUUCCUUACAUUCUGCAGAAAUCACUAUCUCAAAGCCCAAUUUGAUCCUUGAGACGAAAGGGGGACCUAUACAAGCAAUGCACAUCCACAACAUUGCCAAUUUUGGAUCGUUGGAGCUGAUCACGGCAGACUCGCGAGGAAUGAUCACCAUUUUCAGCAAGCAGCAGAUCCUUGACAGGAGGAGUGUAUCCAACCAUGGUCUGAAUAGCCUACAGGUCGACAAAGAUGCCGCUGGUAAUAUAGAGAUUGUUGCAGGAGAUGUAGAGGGACAAGUGCAUUCAGUUCUGCCAUUCUCAAAUCUUUGGAAACUUAGACUUCCACAAACCAACAACAGAUCUCCAAAAGAUAAGCAACAGUCGUCUGAAGGGGUAGGUCAGCUUCUAGCAGCAAGGCUAUACAGUAGUACUUCUGGCAUUGCUACAAACUACAUUCUUGCUUCGGAUAGGGCAAAGAAUCUUCACUUUAUUCAACAGGGUGCUCUUGUAUUUAGUGUACCAAUGGGUACUUGUGUUAAAGCUAUGUGCAGUGGUUAUUUCAUGUCCCUCCCAGAUGAGACUGACAUCCCCGAGAUGAAGAAUGGAAUAGACCAUCAAGUCGCUCUGGGUGGAGAGGAUGGAACAAUAUCUAUCAUGUCAAAUUUCAAGUUAUCCGAGCUGCAGUAUGCUAAUGUGCAUUUACCAAUCACCCAGAUGCUACGUCUUCCCUCAGUUCAGAAUGAUGGAAAGGACUCCCUCUUGUGUUCAGGGCAUUUUAACUCUGUUUUCCUCUAUCAUUCAGCAGUUUGCCUUGCCAAAUACCAGACAUCUGACUGGGUGAUAGCCAUGUCUCUCUCAGAGGUUGAUAAGGAAGGAAAACAAGAAGUCGUGAUAGGUUGCAGAGACAGACAGAUUACAGCUAUUAAGGUCACAUGAUGCAAAAGCAGCAUUGUGAUUGGCCAGGGUGAUUGCAGUCGAGUCCCAGGGCCCAGAGAUGUUGAAUGUUGAGACAUUUUUUGGUAAUCGGUUGCAGAGACAAAAAGAUUGCAGCUAUCAAGGUCACAUGAUGCAGGAGCAACAUUGCGAUUGGCUAGGAUAAUUGUAAUCAAGCCAUUUGGCCAAGAGAUGUUGGAUAUUAAGACAGAGGCCUUGGGACUGAGGUCUAUUUGCUACACCACCAUUGACUGUAAAGGUGUGAAGUGCCAAAGCAAAACCAUUAGGUCUGGAUGUUGAGACUACACGACUGAGAAUCAAAGAUGGUUGUGGAAUGUUCUGAUUUUGACUGAGCUAAAAUCUGGUGAUUAAUGAGAAAGUACCACCCAGUACUCAUGUACAGGAUUGUUAGAGCAGCGAGGUCU